UGCGAGUGGAGCCACGUCGCCCGUAACGUGAGGUUCGGAAAAUGAGUAGAAAUGUGCGAAAACGGGCUCAGGCCCUGUCUGAUGCAGAUUCGGAUUCGUCUGAUGAGCUGUCCGGAAUCAUGACCCAGUUGAACAAGCUGUCUCGUAAGGUAUCCCGACUUCAGAAGAAGCGCAAAAGACGAAAGCCGUCACCCGAAAGCUCGGAUAGUAGUGUUGGUGAAAGAAGCUUCUCCCAAAUCAUUCGGCCUGCUACCGUAGGCCUGGUAAACUACGAUACCUCUUCAUCGGGACCAGAGAAUAACCUUGCCGAGCGCAAUGUUGCCAUAUCAGACGGAACCUUGGAGAGGAACAUUGUUGCCGAGUGCGAUGUUGCCGAACGCAGUGUUGCCGAACGCAGUGUUGCCGAACGCAGUGUUGCUGAAUGCAGUGUUGCCGAACGCAGUGUUGCCAUCUCGGAUGAAAUUUUGAGACUUUUGGGGAAAAACUCUGUGGACGAUCAAGCCUCUACAAAAGACAUUAACAGCGAACUUGUUCAAAUUUGGUCCCAUAUAUUACAGGAAGGUUUGGAUUCUGAGGUUUUAGCAACUAUAUGUAAAAAAUAUUCUCCUCCCACUAACUUGAGCCUUGCUAAUGCCCCCAAACUGAACUCAGAGGUUUUAUCGGUUCUCACGGAACAACACAAGCAGCGGGACUUGAAGCUCUCUAAGCGCCAAGACCAGAUGGGGGCUGCCCUGGUGGCAAUUGGCAAAGCGCUGACAAUUCUGUUGGAAAAAGGGGAGGGGGCACAUACCAGAGUGCUGGUCGAAUGCCUCAGUGAUGCCGGACGUUUAAUUUCGGACAUUCACCAUGAAGAAUCUACGUGUAGGCGGAAUUUGGUAUCGGUGAGUGUAGACAAACAGCUCCGAGGAACCCUUUCUAACGUAUCUGUGGAUGGUUGGCUGUUUGGACAAAAUCUAGGUGAUCGGGUGAAGGCAGCUCGUGAAAUGGAAAAAUUGUCAUCCAACCUGAAGCCUAAAGCAGUUACUGCUACACUGACGUCUUCGGUAAACUUCAAGGGUCUGCCUCGAGUGAAUGUCAAGGGUUAUCGAGGCAGACCGAAAUACUCACGGAAAACCCCGAGUUUCGAAGCCAAGACUCCUCGGAAAGCCCCCCGAUCAACGAAAGAAAUUCGUCCAGCAUACAGAACCAACCAAACCCAAGCCUAUCAAAAGCGGACCCUUUAA